GAAGCGAGAAGAGUGCUUCCUGUAUCAAGUCAACUGUGUCAAGUUUGUUUUCUCUUUCUCUAUUUUAUGAUGUUUUUAACGAAAAUGUAGUGGAUUACUUAAAGACAGACAACCUUUUUGAUUUUUAAUUGCAAUAUGUGCUAAAGAAAACUGUGACAGACAUAAACAUGAGCAAAAUAGCGAACGGGAACGUUGUGUAUUCGGGUUGGUUGGUAAAAUCCCCUCCUGAGAAUAAAUUUCGAUUGAGUGGUCCAUGGAAAAUAUUUAGAUCGUUCUCUCAGGAUGCUAUGGACACAAGUAAAUGGAAAAGACGAUUUUUUAUUUUAUUCAAACCACAAGGAAGCUUACCUCAUCAGUAUGUUUUAAACUACUACAACAAUGAAGAAGGAAAAAAGCUGAAAGGUUACAUUGAUCUUGAACAUUGUGAACAAAUUAUUGAAUCUUUGGAUUUAGAUUUGUUUCCCUUUCUCUUGGCCAUUAAAACUUACCAUAAGAACCGUGAAAGGACGUAUUUCUUAGCUGCCGACACUGAGGAACAAAUGACAUCGUGGGUACGAAACCUCUGUAGUGUAUGUGGUCUUAAACCAGAGGAUAACUCUUCUGAUUUACCACCCCAGAGAGAAGAAGACAGUGAUACAUUUACUACAAUUCAAAAUGUGCCAUCGUCUAUUAUUAAACAACCAGUUACACAACCAACUCAAGGAAUCACACAUGUUCCACAGAGUCGAGAUCGAAAAAAUUCCGACAGGGAUUAUGUUCCCUUGACUAAUUGUAGAACUGGCACAGUAUCAAGAAAACCACCUUUAUUAAGGCCAGACAGUGUAGAUAGUGUACCAGAUGAAAUAGCCCCACCACCACCUGUUAAAAGGGGCCAAGUGAUUGAGGAUGAUGUGUUUCACUCUCAAGUUUAUGAUAUGCCACCAAGAGCUCAUGAUAUGAAUGUGACUAUGCCAGCUCCUAAAAUAUGUACAUCUUCCGAGUCAUCAUCGAGAGAUGAUUCUACCUUAGAUGUGUAUGAUGUCCCACCCCCAGGUCACCCCCCUCGUCAUAGUCCAAGUACCCCUCGUUCAUCAAGUAGUGAGAGUCAUAAGGCAGACUCGGCUUAUUCUUCACAGUCAGUCCUUACAUAUGAUUAUCCUCCAACAAGUUCGGAAAAGAAUGUUGUGAGUGACGAAACUUAUGACUAUCCUCCAACAAAUCCGCACAAUUUGCCAAAAAUGGACGAUGUACCUCCGGUUAGACCACCUCCGCCAAAGUCAUAUCUGCAACAACAAGAACCGUACCAAAAUAUUCCUCCAAACAGUAAAAUGUUGAAUGAAGGAAUUGAUAGUUUAGACAUAAACAAAGUUGUUCCAAUGUCAACAAACCUUAGUGCAAAUGUGCCGUUAUCUUACGAUUUUCCAUCAAACAAUGCUCCUACACAAAGUGCAUAUGAUUUCCCCACGUCAGGACAGAGUGGUUCUAGUUUAUUAGUGAUUCCUCCACCUGGAUGUGGUAUUGAUUCCCAUAGUUAUAUAAACGCUGCAACUAGACCUGUGUCACAUGCACAUGAGGAUAUGUAUUUAGCAAUGGACGGUCUUGUACCGCCUGCUGUAGCAGAUAGGACUUCUUCUAUAUCAGAUAGUGGAAAAUCACAUGACAGUUACACACUUAUGUCUGAGUUGAAUGUAUACGAUCAUCCGCCUCCACAGCGUCCGCCUAGGACUAGUAAAGUUAUCCCAAAACCUUGCAAUGGUGAUGCCUACACAAACAUCUACAAAAAUGAGCGAACACGAAGCUUUAAAAAACAUAACACCAUUAAUAAUCCACCAUUUGAUAGUCUAAGUGGCAGAGAUCCAUAUACCGGUAAAAUAUCUCGUUCACUCCAACAUAGCGUACCUUUACCAAAAAAUCCACAUCCAGAUUUAACUACAAGUUCAGAAGAUGAGGAUGAUGAACGCAUCGCUGACAUUGACCAGGUAAUGGUGCCAUAUCCAUAUGAAGAACAUCAAAAGAGUCAAAAUUGGAAUAAAGUGCCCCCUCCUAUGAAAAUGGGUGAUAAACAUGAUAAAGAUGAACUGAAAUACUUAGAACUGGACCUGGUAGACCAACCUACAAGUCAACCCAUCCAUCUUACACAUGCAGAGUCGGGAAUGAAUACACCGACUGAAUACAGAGAAAUAGACUUUAUAAAGACAAAAGCUCUCAGUGAAGUGAAAAAGACUGUUGAAGGACAGAGAAAACAUGAUGAAAAUUGAUGAUUGCUGAAGAUUAUCCAAUCAUUUAUCUUAUAUUUAAAUUGUAUCAGUUCAGAUGUAACAACUUUUUUAAUUGGAUAAUAUGAACUCAAUUAACUUUAUUGUUAGAGUUUCAUAAUAUAUUUUAUUGUAAUGCAUGGCAAAAACAUCAUUCCAGAAGUUUUAACCUGUAGGUGAGCAUUGUUUGAAAGUAGUAUUAUGUCACAAACCCAAGUGUUAUGGAAAUUUUUUCCAAAACUGUAAGAAGUACAAAAUGGAAUAUCAGAAUUAGAGGCAUGAAAAUAAAACUAUGAGAACAGAUUUGGUAUUAGAAAUUGUGAAAAUUUACACUCCUGAAAAAAAAAAUUGAAAUCUUUAAAGUAUUUUAAAUGUAUAAACAAGCCUGUUUUGAAGUAUGGUCCAUCAGGGUUGAAUAUAAUUGUAGAUGAACACUACCAUAUGAAAUAUAUAUGGAGAUGGUGCUUUGAAUAAAUAUCCAGCAUGUACCAAAAUCAUCGUUUUUUGUACAAUAUUUAUAAAAUUUGAGGACAGAAAAGUUGAUGUGAAAAACCUUUAUCUAAAUCAACUUUACAUGCAUUUGUUCAAUUUACGAAUGUGGUUCAUUACAAAAUUGUAUGUUUUGAAUAUGUUCUUAAUUAUCCAAUCAAAAUGGUUGUUACAUCUGAUUUUUAAAUGUUAAGUUUUGUUAUAAAUCUGUCUAUUAGCUUAUGAUUAUUUCAAUGUUGUGUUGUAAAUCAACUAUCCUUAGUAUUCAUUCCAUCACAUUAACUCUAAUUGACAAUGAAACUUGUUUGAUAUGAAAUACUUUUACAUGCAUCAAUUAAAUUAUAGGGUGAUUAAAUUUUGUUGCACAUUUAGUUAUUAAAUGACUAUUAUUUCAAAAUGACAUUGACUUUCACAAUGUUUUUUAUUUUUGGUUUACUACUGCUAAAUUUCCAAAUACACAAAUUACAUCUUUGAUUAACCUUGUUUAAAUACUUUUGGUAGUGCCAUAUUUCUGAUACAGGUCAUGACCUGAUAUCAGGGUUAAAGAACCAAAUAUGAAAUUUAAUAGUAUUCCAAUGAAAUAACAGAUAUAUCCUUCACUUUGUAUUUAAAAAUGUUUCUUGUUUAGUUUGGGUGUUUUAUGUAAAACAAGUUCCAUUGGCUAUACAUAUGUUUUUUCUUUGUCAAAUAACUCCAUAUUUCCAUUUUACGCUACUUUGUGAUAAAUAAAUGAUUAAUUGUACAUAGUAUUCCUAGCGUUGUGACUCCUGUCACUGCCAACAUAGUAACAGCCAGUAAAAACCGUAACCGUUCCAUUUUGUAAAUUACAAAACAGCAGAUUUGAAAUAUUUUGAAAAUGUAAAGUUUAGAGAAUAAUGUUGAGUUCAAAGUUAUUUAGAAUUAAACUACCAAACAGAAAAUAAGAAAUAUGUUCCCCUGUUUCUGUAUAGAAAAUAAAUAUUUUUAUAACCAAGUUUUCAAUUCAGUAACAUCAGAUGAACAUUCAAAUAACAAAUGAGAGUGUCAGGAGAAAUGACUACCUGCCCUAAUACCUACGAUGCUUCAAAUGUACUACUGUAGAUUCUUAAUUAUUUGUGGGCUAACAAUGUUCGUGGAUUUUGUGGGUAUAGUUAAAACGUGAAUUUAAAUAUUCAACAAAGUGUUAUUUUAUAUAGGCUUGUAUGCAGACUUUGGCAAAUCCACAAAAUCAAUUAUUCAUGAAUACACAAUAUUUUCCCAAUCCAAUAAAAUUGGUAUCCACUUAUAUAUAUAUGAAUCCACAGAAAAAGAGUGUCUGUUAAAAUGUUUAUUGACUUUAAAUUUUCAUCUGUAUAAAUUGUUUAAGAGCAGAGACUCUUUUAGUAAGUGUAGGAUUAGCAAGUCAUGGAAAUUUCUGUACAACGUACGAUAAAUUCUAAUGGUAAUAGUUUUCAAGAAAAGAGCUGCUGGUAUGUGAAUUAACAUUUCAAAAAUUUAGAAUGGUAGUAAAAUACUAUUCAAAACGCUCAAUAGAAUUUUUUAAUAUCUUGUUUUUUGAAAUUUACUCAAGUUGAGAAAUGGUACUAGAUAGUAAUACUAAACAUACAUGCUUUUGGUUUCAAACCAGAUCUGAAUCAUUUAUUGUGUUAAACAAUUAUUUUGGACAAUCAGACAUCAUUGUAUUUAUAUAGAAGCAUCUGCUUAGAUUGGAUGUCAGGGAAAUUUUAAGCAUUAAAUGCACAAUUCAUGUUCCGAAAUCAAGUUUUACUGAAUACAGCAAUAUUUGGGUGUUUUACAUUUUGAAAGCAUGAAAUAUGAAAGAAUAUAUUUUAUUGUUGAUGAACUUCAAGGGUCAUUUUUUUGUAUGUCUUUACAAUCAUGCUGCAGAUUUAUUUAAUGAUCCCUUUUUGAAAAAAAUAUAAAACCAAGACAAACAAAUUUAUGAAGGAAAAUUGCAAUAAAAGUUCUGUAAAUUAUUUAUUAUCAAUAAUAUAUAUCAUAAGAGGUCAGAAAAACAAAUGAAACAGUUUCUUUUUUCUAGUCAUUAAUUUUUUCAAAAUUUUAUAUCUGUAUUAUUUUAAUGUAUAUUAGGAAAUGGCAGUUACUUUUGUAUCAUUAUAUAUAUAAUAUAUUUUCUUGUCUCCAUUGUCUGAUUUUUUUCACAUUCUAUAUUUUUUUAUUUGCUUAUAGUAUUAUUAUUCUUGCACAUAAUUUAUGAAAUGUCAGGCUGCAAAAGAUAAAAUUAUAGUAAUUCAGUAAUUUUUUUGAUAACUAUUUCAAAACCUAAUGAAUUUUAUGUGAUAUUUUUCAAUUGUUGACCAGAAUAUUUACAUCUGCUUGUCUGGUAUUUCAUUAGUGGUUGGCUUUAGUUAAAUCUAAAGUGUGUCCUGUAAAGAAUUCAGUGUUGAUGAUAGAUAUUUGGUAUUCUCUUCUAAACCUAUUCAAUACUUAUCUCAUAAUAAUCUGACUUUGGGUCAAAAGGAGCUUGUCUGUUAUUGAAGACAAUGUAUUUACCUGUAGUUGUCUUUUUUGGCUUAUUUUGUGUUGUUGGGUUACCGUCUCAUUGAUGUAUGCUCAACAUCUCAUUUCUUGUUAUUAAACAGCAGUUGACAGACAUUGAAGUUUUGUUAUUUACAAAUUUCUGUAUACAAUUAUUCUGUAAUUAGAGAUUCAAUGUCCUGAUUAUGCUACAUAUGUUGGCCACUGGAUAGUAGCAACCAAAAAUCACUCAAUCAAUUCCUUAGAUUUUGAGAUGGUGAACUAGUAAUGUUUUUUUAUAUAACGAAUUACAACUUUUGAUGUGUAUUUAACCUGAACAUGUACAUAAACUACUGUAAAGCAACUUGUUUUCGUGUUUAGCAUUUUUAGCAGGCAUCGUGGCGAUUUAUUUUCACUGUUUUCUAAUUUUCUUGAUGUAUUUAUAAAAGGGAAGACCCAAGUUUUAUUUAUUCACAAUGAUUUAAAUUUGUGUUAUUUUUCUUUUCGUUAAAAUCCCAAACAUAAAUUGCUUGCGAAAAUAAGCUGGUUUACAGUAUAGCAGAUAAACUUGUGUAAAGGGGCAUUAGCUGUCAAAUUCAUGUUCACCGAUUUGAAGCAAAUUCUCAUAUUUGAUUUAUAACAUACUAAAAGGUAUAUCCAAAUAUUGAAAAGUCUAAAAUAAACAAUUACAAUGCACAGACUCUAUAAUAUGUAUCAGUAUUUCGUGUGUAUUUAGUCUAGACGCCAUCUAAUUAACCAUCGAGGUGACCUCUGAAGACUGCCGACAGUCAUAUGACCCAAUAUAAACAUAAACAUAGAUAUAAAUUGAUAGCGAACUCGUGCAGUUGGAUUUUUCUAGGUCUGUUUGAUUUCAUAUUUACCUGUAUAACAAUGAGUUUUUGUAGAUUGAAUCAGUCAGCCAAAUGGUUUACCCUUGUUUCACUUCCAAUGUUGACAUUCUUUUCUUUUUAAUAGCUGAACACGCCUACUUCAUGCGUAACCCAUCUCUAGCUAAGGGGUUCAAUUUAAGUUCACAUGAAUACGAAACUAAUGAGGUUGAAUUAUUCACUUGCAAGUGAAUAAUUUAUUAGCGAUGUUUCUUUGCCUAAUUUGACAAAACUGAACCAAACUCACUGCUAAAAGCGAAUUCUUAUAUCACCACUUCACUUUCAUUAAUGAUUGAACAUAUUUUAUUCUUGUAGCUAAUGCCCUUUUAAUCUCUGUAUUGUAGAAUUCAUUUUAUUAUGUUUUUGCUAACCUUUAUCAUGUUUAUAAGAUAGUUUUACUAAAUGCAUGUUCCAAGAUUUCCAUUUGCCAAAAUUUUUGUAUUAUCCACAAAACUUGAUAGAUAAUUACUAAGAAAAAUAUUUUAAUACAGCUAUUUAUUUUUAUGAAAUAUAUUCAAUGAAUUUUGUAAAUAAACCUUUACUAUUGUGCUUUAUCAGUUCAGUGAUGUGAAUAUUUUUUCAUUUCUCCAUGUAAAGUUUGUUACAGAUUUACUGACAUGUAUAUGUAACUUGCCAAAGAAUUAAAGGUCUUUCCAGCUGUCAAUAUUGUACAUGCACAUAAAACAGCUUACUUUUUUAUUCUCUUACAAGUCAGAAUAAGAAACAAUUACAAAACAUUGAUAUGACUGUAUUUUACCCACAAAGCACCCUUGUUUUUUGAUAAUUCAAAUAAGGACUUAACUCCAUGAAAUCACUGAAGAGCAGUUUUUAUAGCUUUUCCUUAGAAUUACCAUAUUGCCCACUGGUAAAAUUAUUUGUUAGUUUUGAAAAGAAACACAGUAUGACUUGAGAUAUGAGAAAAAAUUGAAGAAAGUGGUUUUAGAAGAGUAGGGAGCCAUUUAAGUCAAAAGUG